CGGCUCGGGCCCAACCUCUGCCUGCUGGCCGGGCGUGGCCAGGGUGCCGGGGAUCCGUCUGGAGAUCGUGUUACAGAGGCAGAGAGGGGCCGGGAGGAGGUGGGCACAGGAGGAGGAGGAGGGCCGCCGCUGCUCCCCCCCAUCCCUCCCUCUCUCCUCUCUGGUUCCGUCUCUCUUGCCCCUUCUUUGUUCCCUAGCCUUUGUUAGCCAUGCCUAGCCUGGUGGUAUCAGGGAUGAUGGAGCGGAAUGGGGGCCUGGCAGAUCUCACCAAGGAGCGGGUGCUGGAGGACGACAGAGCCCUGCAGAUCGCCCUGGACCAACUCUGCCUGCUGGGGCUGGGGGAGACCGGCGAGGAGGACUCCAACAACAACAACACUGGGGGCAGCAGCACUGGGGGCAGCAGCGGGGGCAGCGGGCACCCACAGAAGGGCGAGAGCAAGCUGUGUGCCCUGUACAAAGAGGCAGAGCUCCGGCUGAAGAGUUCCAACACCACGGAGUGUGUGCCAGUGCCCAGCUCCGAGCACGUGGCUGAGAUUGUGGGCAGACAAGGUUGCAAAAUUAAAGCAUUACGGGCCAAGACAAACACAUACAUCAAGACGCCAGUACGAGGGGAGGAGCCGGUGUUUAUGGUGACAGGACGCAGGGAGGACGUGGCCAUGGCGAGGCGGGAGAUUAUUUCAGCCGCCGAACACUUCUCCAUGAUCAGAGCGUCCCGCAACAAAGCCGGCACCGCUUUCGGGAGCGCCCCGACUCUACCCGGCCAAGUCACCAUCCGCGUCAGAGUCCCGUACAGAGUGGUCGGUUUAGUGGUUGGGCCCAAGGGUGCCACCAUCAAGAGGAUUCAGCAGCAGACAAACACUUACAUAAUCACACCGAGCCGCGACAGAGACCCGGUGUUUGAGAUCACCGGGGCACCGGGAAACGUGGAGCGAGCAAGAGAAGAAAUAGAGACUCACAUUGCAGUGCGCACCGGCAAAAUCCUGGAAUACAACAACGAGAAUGACUUUCUGUCCAGUAGCCCUGAUUCCGGCAUGGAAAGCCGAUACCCGGAGAGCUGGAGGGUGCAUGGAACAGUGGCCGGUUGCAAACCUCUAUCCACCUUCCGACAGAACAGCUUGGGCUGCAUUGGCGACUGCUCGGCAGAGCCCGUCUAUGAGACGCCGCGACUGAAUGAUCAAAACGAAUUUAAUUACGGCUACUUGUUCCCCAACUACAAGCAAGAAGUGUAUUAUGGGGUGGCCGAAACGGGGGGACCAAUGUGGGGCGGACAAGAGAAUAACAGCCCAACGCCGAGUAUCUUCACAAAACAGCAGCGUUCGGGGAGCAGUGGCGCCAUCCAGACAAACGCCACACAGCGGUCUCCUGAAUCCAGCCUUACUAGCUUACCAAGGAGGAGCCAAGGGGAUGCGUUGCAAGGCUUCACCAAGCUCAGUGCCACUCGGAACUCUGUUUCGGGGAGCCGGGAGUGCAUGGUGUGUUUUGAAAGCGAGGUCACCGCUGCACUGGUACCCUGCGGGCACAACCUUUUCUGUAUGGAGUGUGCUGUGCGCAUCUGUGAACGGAAUGAGCCGGAGUGCCCAGUGUGCCAUGCGUCUGCCACUCAGGCCAUCAGAAUAUUUUCUUAAGAGAGACACGGGGGGAAAAGGGGGGAGGGGUCCUGGACUUAUGGUGCAUAGAGGUCAAGAAACAAUAUUUAAACUUCAUAGUAAAUUCUUAACUAUAAUCAGAAUAUUGCAUCAAGAUAUCUGAGGCCUGCAAGAAGAUCCUCUUACCAAGAACUAUGACGAAUAGUUGUUUUCUGGCUAUGAGGGGGUCACGUGACCACCCUUUCCACCAGUCGCAGCUGAUUUUUCGGGGACACCAGUGCCCAUAAGAAACCAACUUCUAAUACCAGGUGUACGUUUUUAAUAUUUUUUUAUUAUAUUUUAUUUGGUUUUUCAUUUAUUUUUUUGUUUGUAAGCAAGAGAGCUUUCUAAAAGCAAGUUUAUCCAUGCGAUGAUAACUUCACCGAGAUGGACAGUAAAAAUGUUUUAUUUUGUAUUUGGUGCCGUCUAACCCCGAUGCACCAUUUUUAUUUUAUUUUUUUGGCGGUUGUUGGCUACACAGCUGAAAAGUCAGUUUUUGUUGUUUGUUUAUCUCUACAACGGCGGGUCCAGCUGGAGUCAGAACUCUCUUCGUUCCCUGUUUCCGGUCUGCGCUGCGGGAGACGCACCUCUCGGAAGUCAAAGCGGGCAGCGUUUGCAGAAGGGCUAAAUCAAAGAGGGAUGGGCGCAGUUUGGUGGGCGCUCAGGGGUACUACUAGUCAUUUGCAGUCCCCUCCUACUGCGCCUUAGUGAUGCCUCUUUAUUUUUGCCUGAUAAUAUACUGGGAAUAUAUAUUUCAUCUUAACUAGCAAAAAAUAAAAAACACAAACUGUACUUAUCAAUCUCUGGGAACCUGCAACAUUGAGGACACAACAAUUACCUCACGCUCAACAAGAUGCAGCUCAGUCUACCGUUUUAUUGUCAUUUUGCUGUAUUAUUAUUUUUUUAUUUUCUUUUUUCUGAUGAAACUUACUGCCGGGAUUACAUUUUUACAACCACAAAAAAAAAGAAAGAAACACAACCUAGCGAUCAGGACUUUAUAUGCAUGGGAGUUCUUGCCUUUUUCUUUUUUCUUUUUUUUUAGUAAAUAAAACUAAAUAAAUGACAAAAAACUUUAUUUUUUACUGUGCACUGAAGCUGGGGCGCCAGGAUUUCUGGUCCUCCUUAACUCGGACAACUGCCGCUAAGUCUGUGAGGCGCCGACGGCUAUCACGACAACACGAAAAAUAAUCCUAACUUUUUAAAAGCGGGAGCACUGGCGUUGUGAGACGGAGGAACGCUCAACUUCCAUUUGGGACUAUGGACCUUUGUUUUGUUUUUCAUUUUUGUUGUUCUCUUCCUCAUGAAUGCAAAGAAAAUGAAUAACGCUAUAAUGCGUUAUUUUCUUCCUCUUAACUGGACCAGACGGAACAUUUUAAUGAUAAAUGCAGAUACGUUGGACCAAAGGUUUAUGUGCUGGGGAAAAAAACAAACAAAGUUUUAGAGGGUGCCGUGUUUUAAUCUUCAGCCUUGGUGAAGAUGUCUUAGACCACUUAUUGAGUUAGGGUCUCCUGUUCCCCUUUGGACCAGAGUAAUGGGGAGGCAGUCUAACCAAGGGGGUGUGAUAUAAAAAAGACUGCUUCAUUUAUCUACCACUUCAUAUAUUCCAACCCCCAAUGCCCCUCCGACCCCCUCCCUUUUUUUUUUUUUUUUUUUUUUUUCAAUUGAUGCAGGGUUAGUCUAUCCCAAUUUUUGGUGCUUCCUUAAUACCAGUCCCCCUUGUUUAUAUCAUGUUUUUGGGACUAGAUUGAUGCUAAAUCACCGUAUUAACUAAUGGAAAGGAGGAACUGUUUUUCAUUUACCGAACUAUAAAAUAUCCAUGUUUAAAUAUCCUGAACUAUACAUUGAAAAACCACCUCCUUGCCAUUAUUGGCUUGGGACGUGUUCCAUUAAAUCUCUUCCCCGCCAGGAGGUCCUGUCCUUCGCUUCACCUCGGGUCGUAGAGACAGGCUCCUCUCCUCACUGGUGGUAGACUCUCAUCAUGUAUCUCACCGUAGCACUAUUUCACGUCAAGUGCAUCAAAUUGUUGGCGCAAGGGAUGUAGCAACAAUUGUUCCAACACCCCUCCAAAAAAAAAAAUUAAUCACACUACAUCAUUCUUCAGGACUAUUUGGAGUGCGGUGGCAGGGGGGGAGGGAAUGACCCAAAAGUUUGGAAAUUCAAAAUGUUCAACAUUUUUUUUUAAUAUAUUUUUUUUUUAAUAUAUAUAUUUUAUUCUCCAAAAUUUAUGUUUAAACUUUAUGUAGCAGUCUUUUAUAGCUUGUUACAGAUUAGCAGUAUUUCAUUUACUUUUUUUUGUUUAACAUAUGUAGCAAUUUUCUUUCAAAAAGGGACCUUUCGGAGGAUUUGGUGUGGGGGGAAAUAUUUCAGGUCAAUUUCGGAGGGCACUGCUAAGUCAGGUCUCAAGGACAGGAUAGGCUCACGAUGGGACUGUUUUAUGAAAUGAGUCUACGAUGUCAUGCGCGCAGUUGAAUAUUUUAUUCCACUGUCAAAAAGCUCUAAGAUCUUUAUACAAAAAAAAAAAAAGUAUCCGGUGAGAAUGUAUCCGCUGCACUGGAGUACUAACCUUUCUUUACAGUCUUAGUAGUUCUCGCUAUAGCUUUAGGUAAAGCUUCCCUGCUCGUCCAUUAACACAUAAAUCCACCUGGAAAUUUCAAGUACUGGCGGCAGUUCUCUCAAACUCCCUUCUUAGGGUUUUCAGAUUGCAUGCAAAACAAAAAGGCACUUUUGAUUAAUGGUCUGCAUGGAAUAAGACUUCGGAUAGAGUUUGAAUUUUUCUUAUAACUUGUUAAAUCAUGGACACAAUUAAAUGGGGCAGCAGCCUUUUUUUUGCCCUCUGUGUUGCAAGAUCAAUUAACAGCCAGGCACUACAUAGAUAAGUUUUAACCCCUCCACUAGAGGGCGGCUGUUUAUUGCGUCAUAAAAAAAACCUCCAGUGUAUAUUGCAAUAUCUUGCUUGAUUAGUUUAUUGGAGAUCGUUGUACGGUUUUUAAAAGUUGCAACCUCACCUAGGAAUUCAGUUUUGUGUUUUGUUAAAGGUCUUGAUCAGACUUAAGAGUCAUGGAUGGCCAUGAGAAAGUAGCCAAACACUACGAUUUCAAAAAUUGAGGAUUAAAACGGACUCUCUGCACAUGACGGGCCAAGCCAAUAUUUGUGAAUGCAGCCAGAACGAGGACUGGGGUCUCUGUGGUGAUGUUGGUGAAUUUGCAGGCUGCAGUCUCGUUAAUUUUAACUCUAUCACUGUGUUUAAGUUACCAGUUGACUUUAGUCAUCUUUGAGCUGCAAAUUAGUCUACACAGCAUCACAUUAGGCACAAGACCUUGGCGCUUACACUGCAUAUUCAAAAGGAGUCCUUUGUGGUUAUUUAAUCAUGUUGUUUACAACUACACUGUAACCCAUAGCAACCGCUCAUGUUUCCUUUCAAUGGCUGGAGUUCUGGCUGGUUGCUAUGAGUUACAGUGCAUGUGCACAUAUUGCACGGUCAUUGGAUUCAGCCCACUUUUUUACAGUACAGGUUGAGUAUCCCAUAUCCAAAUAUUCCGAAAUACGGAAUAUUCCGAAAUACGGACUUUUUUGAGUGAGAGUGAGAUAGUGAAACCUUUGUUUUUUGAUGGCUCAAUGUACACAAACUUUGUUUAAUACACACAGUUAUUAAAAAUAUUGUAUUAAAUGACCUUCAGGCUGUGUGUAUAAGGUGUAUAUGAAACAUAAAUGCAUUCUGUGCUUAUAUUUAGGUCCCAUCGCCAUGAUAUCUCAUUAUGGUAUGCAAUUAUUCCAAAAUACGGAAAAAUCCGAUAUCCAAAAUACUUCUUGUCCCAAGCAUUUUGGAUAAGGGAUACUCAACCUGUAUAUGCCAGUAGGGCUACAAAUAUGGCACUUCUGGGCAUCUACUACUGUACGGCCCUAGAGCCACAGGAUUUUGAGUCUGUGUAUGAGGAAGGUUCUUAUACUGUUAACUAGAUGGAACUAAUGGUUGAUGGUAACAAAUCUGGGUUGGGUAAAGCUUUCUUGUUUUCAUUUUGUAGUGCACUUGUCACCUAUACACAUUGGACAUUGGAGGUCCUGGAGGACGGGUGCAGAAGGAAAUGAUACAAUUUUAAAAUUAUCUGGCCCCGCCCCCUGCUGUGCAAGGUCAUGAUUAGCAACUGAUUUUGCCAUCAAGGCCACGCCUUCUUAACGAGGGAAGUUGGUGGGAACCAGAGGUUGGCCUACUCUCCUAAGUUAAGGAGCCUCUCAGCCAUUCUGGGAGAGUAAGCGAAUAUGCAGUGGAGACAGCCAUUUUGUGGACCCAGUAUGCAGCCUAAUGGUUCACUGAGAACUAGUGACAUAACUGGGACACAGUGAUGGUAGCCAUAUUUGAAUUGAAACAGAGGUGCAGCACAUCUGUUCACUAUCCAGAUGUGUAUCAUUAAGGUUUUGCUGGUGACUGCCCCCACCCCCCACUUGCACCAGCCAUUUUGUCACUGAUUCCUAGUGUACUGAUAGUUGGCCACAUAUAACGGUUCAGACCAAAAAAUGGCCACCUUAACCGUGGUGCACAAGCCAUUACAGAUAACAACAUAUCUUAUUUGUUGCCAAAUAUAGGCCCCCUUUUUGUAAAAGCUGAUGUGGCCCCCAUAUGGUGUCACCCCGAGUUGUGUAUUUCUAUGUGAAUAAUUUUAAUUGAAAUAUUGGCUUCAAGAAUGUGGUGCCAAAUGCAUACCAAUAGCUGCGAUUGGUACGUCGCAAGUUAUGUUAAAAGAGGCUGAUAUCCAAUUAGUGGCUCUGGGGUAAAGAGCAAUAUGGUUGGGUCAACAGAUAGGCGUUUAGGGUUGGAAGGAGGCCAGCCUCUACGACAACCCAACACGCUUUUGGGAGUCUCUGAUGACUGGGAACCUUGGUACAAUAAACUUACUUUUUCUUAAUAAACUGUUAGGAGCCUACAACUGCAAUGUGUGGGAAAUUAACCACAGUUGGUCAGAUAUUCUAUAUUUCAUUUCAGUGCAAAAAGGAAAGAGGGUCCAUUCCCAAACCAGGCUCCAUGUGGCUUAUUAAGAAACACCACAUACUCCCUUUAAAUCCAAGUUUUUAUCCAUCUCCAUUAAGAAUGUAGGACUACACAACUAUAAACACUAGAGAGAGAUAUAGAACAAUAUACAUAAUGACACAAAAAUAUACUGUGAUAUGAUCAUCAAAAAUUAUAUAGAUAUAUGUAUGUUUUAUUCUACACAAAGACCAAAUUUUGUUUAUAUUUAAGGACACAGCAUAAAAAAAAAUAGUUUUAACUUGGCCCAAAAUUUAAAGUAAAAAAGUUGUAUUUUAAAAAAUAUUUGGAGGGGAGAGGGUUUUUUUUUCCUUCCUUUAAAUUAUUUAAAAGUCUAUUUCCGACCCAUGAGGAGGCCAUGACUGUUAAUAGAUCUGUAACUAUUUCAUUUGUAAUCAAAAAAGUAAAAUCAAAAAAAUAAUAAAUAGAGGCAAAAAAUAAUUUACACUGCUUAAAAAAUUAGAUCAUUUCUUUAUAAUUUAAUAUUCUAUUUUAAUAAAUGCAUUUAUUAUGUGUAAAUGUAGGCAGGACACAUGCUCUGAAGAAAAAAAAUACUUUUUAUUGGGUAAUUUAUUAAAAUAAAGGAUUUUAUUUUAUGAUAAAGUAAUCCUUAAGCUUUCGAAACAUAGAUAUGUAGACAGGAAAAUAAAAAAUUUAAACUUUUUGUAGCCAGAUACUUAAGUAUUUCUUUUUUAAAUAAAUAAAUGAAAAAAAAGUUAACUUUUUGUGUGUUGGACAUUUUUGCUGUUGAUGAAGAAUUAGCGAUAAUUGCCUUGUCUAGUGAUUUAUCACAUCAUUGUGUUUUAGAGUAUUGAACAAUUAAUGCCUUUACGCCUAAAUAAAACUCCCUAGAAUGG